AUGCGCCACAUCAGGGAUGACAUCAAAUUGAUCGUCGUCGGCGCACUUCUGCCCACCUCAUAUCGGGAAGAGAACGAAGACUGCUACAGCUACAACUACACCAGAAUCUUUUCAUUGCUGCUAUACUUGACAUCUGCAACACUGGCACACAACACGAUCCACUACUCCAUCGCAAGUCUGCCUUCCGAGACAACUUCAGAAUCUCUCCUCCUCAAUCUCUCCCUCGCCUCCCUCGCCUCCCUACUUGCGUCCCCGCUUGCGCUACACUCGAGCAAUGCGCACGAGAUCGCAACAUUGGACGUAACAUUGGAGCUCGACACUAUGGCUACAGAGUACAGCAAGUUAAAAGUGGUCGACCUGAAGGCCGAGUUGAAGCGCCUGGGCCUGCCUCAAAAUGGGCUCAAGGCUGAGCUGGUCGCACGACUCGAAGAAGCUACAACUUCCGACAGCGCUCCCCCUGAACCCCAAGAGCCGGUUGCUGCAGAGAACACAGGUGCUGUAAGUGACGAUGCGCAACCAUCAGAAGCUCCAGAAGCCCCUGAAGUCCCUGAAGCUGCCAAGGCUGUUGAACCGACCGAACCAGAGACUGAACUUGCGCCGCCCCAAGAAUCAGAGCCUACUCCUGCACCCAUCAUAGCACAAGAUGACCCUUCAACUGCCCCAUCCCAGGCACAAGCUGCAAUAGUAACCUCCCCGUCCGACGCGACACCUCUCCGACCUACAGAAGUGGUGCAGGAUUCGCAGAAGAGAAAGCGACGAUCCGUGAGCCCACCGCCUUCGGCCGAAGAUGUUGCUCGCAAGCGACCUAAACAAGAGGACAAGGAAAUCGAGGUUGUCCCUGGUGAAGGCUCUGCUGGCGUCGAAUCCAAUGAUCCCAAGCCGGAAAUAACACAAGAAUUUCAACGAAUUGAAGCUGCGGAUACUGAAAUGGGAGAUGCAGAGAGCAAAGAGGUUGCCGAACCGGAGAAGGGAGAAGGUGGGCCGCAGAUUGGGACUGUGGAUGUUGAGAUGGAAGAAGACGCGAAGAAUGGACGGAUUGCUGAGCUGGAACCGGACCAGAAUGACAAAGAACGCGUUGCCACAGCAGCUGCUGCUGCACCUACUCACAACGGGUUCGCUUCAGCAGACCACGCACUGAAUGAUUCUGAACCUGGAACUCACAACGGGUUCACUUCAGCAGACCACGCGUUGAAUGAUUCUGAAUCUGGAGCCUACGACCGAUCACCAACAAACAAAUCCAUGCCGCGAGAACCAACACCAAACACAUAUCCCGCCGACCGCGAGCGCGACGUGGGACCCUCAAUCCACCCUGCAACAUCGGCGCUCUACAUCAAGAAUUUUAUGAGACCUCUUCGACCACAAGCAGUAAAGGACCAUCUUCUGGAACUUGCCACACCGGCCGAUCGUCCCAUCGACGACACCACCAUCACCCACUUCUACCUUGACACAAUUCGCACACACGUUUUCGUCGUCUUCAACUCCAUAUCGGCCGCUUCCCGCGUGCGCACCUCACUGCACGAGCGCAUCUGGCCCCUCGAAACCACGCGCAAGCCACUGUGGGUUGACUUCGUACCGCCCGAGCGCUUUGACGACUGGGUGCACACGGAAGAGUCUCCGACUGACCGCCGCGGCUCGAAUAAUCGCUACGAGGUCGUAUAUGACGACGAUCGCGAAGGCAACGUGACAGCCAGACUAGAGGAGUGCGACUCACCUCCCCCGGCGACGAAGCAAACACCUCUACCCCCCGCAACUCAGUCCGAACGCAAGAUGUCCAUCCCAACUGGACCAUCCCGGUUCUCGGGCAUUGAGAAUGCACCAACAGGACCCCGCAACCGUGGCGUUGCGGUGCACCCCAGCGGAAUGGAGAGAUUGGAUCCCUCCUCCCUGUCCACUCGCGCGUACCCUGUCAUCUCCUUUCAACCCGUCCCCGAAGAAUUGGCCCGACGACGCCUUGCUGCCAUCGCGGCUGCUAAGGCACCGGACCAUGAGCGACAGGUCGGCAAAGACUACAAGCGCUACUUCUUUGAAGGCGGCGACCUUCUUGUCGACCGAGGCCCUGAAAUCUUCCUAGACGUGAGAUGGCCCGCGGAGCUCCUCGUGGCCCUCUUGGCCCUUCUGGUCCUCCUGGCGGAGGUUUUCGCCGUGGUUCCCGACCUAUGCCCACACCUCACGGCGUUCCCAGAGGUGGCGAUCGAUUCCGACCUUCCGACUCCACAGUUCCCGCAUACGAUGAUCGACCACGAUAUGGAACCGACAGAGGAGGCGGCAGACGAGACUACGGAGGCCGUGGCCGUUACUGAGAUGGAGACUGGUGUCUAUCAGGAGGCAUUGGGUGCGCUUGGAGAGUGA